AUAUUAUCUAUUUUAUGUACAGCUUCUAAUCGAUAAACAUAAAUGGAAACAAAAUGGUUUUCCUGAUAAUCCUUUCAUUAUGCUUCGCUGAAUCAGUAAUGUCAUUCUCCGCCCCCAAGUAAGUAAGCUUGAUUUACAUUUUCUGUAGACUUCAAGCCAGCUCCUUUUAUUAUGUAGAAUAGCGUCAGCAGAACUUGACGGUGGCAGCAGAUACAUGAUUGACUCGUGCGAAAUGUCCUGGAGAUCAUUUCUAUGUAACCACAUGACAUUCUGUGUAGAAUAAGUAAAGUCUUGAAUAUCACGGAUAGUCUUGCAUUAGUCUGUCUUCUGACACUCGAAGGAUUAGCAAAGAAAACUCCUGCCGAGUUAAACCUUCUUGGAGCAAGAUCGAUCAUUCAUGGCUGGUCAAUUCAUUCUGGUUAGCCUGUGCUUCUUGCUUGUUUGUCUUUACGUUAAAGGUCACUCGUAUUCCUGCUCAUUUGAUGGUGGGCAAUGUGGUUAUUCUAAUGAUAAUUCUGGGUCAGAUGAUCUGGAUUGGAGUCGAAUGCGUAACAGAGCUGAGCGUAAUUUUGGAGGCUUUUGGCGAAUUGCCAAUAAUCGCGGCCCAAGAAGAGAUCACACGACUGGCUCUGGAUAUUACAUGUACACUAAGACCAGUGGAAUAUUUGGAGGAACUGCUGGAGAUAUUGCACGCCUUGUCAGUCCAGUUUUCACAAAUGUCUCUUGUCUAAAGUUCUACUAUUUCAUGUACGGCAUGGAUAUUGGGGGCUUAGAAGUUAUCACGAAAAUAGGAAACAAUGCGCCUACUAAAGUGUGGUUACUGGAUGGAAACCAAGGCAACAUGUGGAAAUUUGCUAUGAUCCCUAUCCAAUCCAACGCCAGCGAAAACGUUAAGAUAUUCUUUCAAGGUGUCGUCGGAUCUUCAAGAAGAUCUAGUGUUGGUAUUGAUGACGUGAAUGUAACGUCAGAUAACUGUACUCUGUUUCCAAAACAAGCAGCUCCCACAGACAGCAUUGCACCAGUUCGCGGUAGCUGUAAUUUUGAUGUUAACAUGUGUGGCUAUCGUAACCUUGGGAACCACAGUUGGACGAUAAAAAAAGGCUCAACAUCAUCUGUUAGAACUGGUCCAAAAAGAGACCAUACCACUGGACUUGGCUCGUAUAUGUAUACAGAAGCUUCUGGUGUCAAAACAGGAGCCGCGGCCCUCUUCGUUAGUCCCCUCGUCUACAAUAUAUCGUGUGUUACAUUUUAUUAUCACAUGUUCGGCUCCCAAAUUGGAACCUUUAACGUAUAUCAACUAGUUGAAGGAAACUACACAAGGCUUUUUCAACUGAAAGGCAAUCAAGGCAAUAGAUGGUAUAGAGCAGAACUACAUCUUCGUCAGUAUGUUGGCCGCAAUUCUAAUUUUAGUAUUGUGUUCGAAGCAAUCAGAGGGAGUGGUUUCAAGGGAGACAUUGCCAUCGAUGACAUAUCUACUUCUGUGCAUCCCUGCCCUUCACUACCUUUUACCACCGUUCCGCCUAUCACCUCUAGUACUCCGUCGACUGGAGUACAACAGGUGAAAGUGCGCCUUGUUAAUGGACCAUCCAAGUAUGAAGGAAGAGUCGAGGUUCUGUAUAACGGACGAUGGGGCACCAUUUGCGAUGACCUAUGGGAUUUAUCUGACGCUAAAGUUGUGUGUAGAAUGCUCGGCUUUCCGGGAGCACUUACUGCAGAUAAAUCAUUAAGCUAUGGUUCUGGUGCUGGCACAAUAUGGCUGGAUGAUGUGAAAUGCACAGGAUUCGAGUUAUCUAUUUCUGCAUGUCGGCAUGCCGGUUGGGGAAAGAAUAACUGCGGACACAAUGAGGAUGCAGGCGUUAUUUGCCAAACAGCAGAUAAUUCGAUGCCAAUAAAUGGAGAAUGUAACUUUGAAUAUGGAAAAUGUGGCUACACAAAUGGAGACAGCAGUGAAAGUGAAUUUGACUGGACACGAAAAAGAGGUGCUACAUCUUCCUCUGGUACAGGACCUUCUGCUGAUGUUAGUGGAUCAGGCUACUACAUGUACAUUGAAGUGUCUUCAGGAGUCACAGGGGCAAGAGCAAAGUUAUUAAGUCCUAUGCUACCAGCAAGCUCCAAAUGUGUCUCAUUUUAUUACCAUAUGUUUGGUAGUGAUAUUGGAACACUCAACGUGUACGUACAACGCAAUGACUCUCGUAGUAUAGUCAAAGUCUGGACAUUAAGUAAACAGCAAGGAGAUGAAUGGCUUCAAGGACAAGCACCUUUGAAUGUUACAGGAAAUGAGACAGUUAAGGUUAUAUUCGAAGGUGUUCGAGGGAAGGAAUUCAAGGGUGAUAUUGCCAUAGACUCUAUUACCGUGUUAAAUACAACAUGUGCUGUUGUGCCCUCAAAAGCAAAUCCUAGCGGCCAGGAUGUCCAAAAUGCACUUGAAGGAGACGUGCGUUUGGUUGGUUCUCCCAAUCCAUUGGAGGGACGUGUAGAGAUUUUUCACAAUGGACAAUGGGGUACUAUUUGUAACGACUAUUGGGGAUAUUCUGAUGCACUAGUUGUGUGUCGAAUGCUGGGUUUCUCUGGUGGAAACAGCGCUACCGCCUCAGGAAAAUAUGGCUAUGGCUCGGGAAUUAUAUGGCUUGAUGACGUCAGAUGUACUGGACGUGAAACGUCUCUUCUCCAGUGCACAAAAAGAAUGUGGGGACGACACAAUUGCCGUCACUCACAAGAUGCUGCAGUAGUCUGCACUAACGGUACGUCUGAUGAUGAAUGCCGAACUUACAAAGUUUUGAGUACAAGUGAUCGUGCUAUGAGCUCCUCGAGUACUUCGGGUCGUUGUGAUAGAAGAAGUGGUAUAUUCCCUGGUCUAUGGCAUCGUUUUCAAGGACCAGCAGGAACAGAAAUGGCAUCUUCAUGUGUUCCUAUCAAUAGAUGUGGUUCACAUGCAACAGGAUGGCUAUCUGGAGGUCACCCGACUGUUAAUGAAGGAAUGGUAAGAAGAAGGGUUUGUUUUCACUGGAGUAGUAACUGCUGUAAGUGGUCGACUUUCAUCCGGGUCAUAAACUGUUCAGGUUUUUACGUCUACGAGCUUCAAAGGCCACCUGUCUGUCAGCUCCGAUAUUGUGGUAACGGACAAGGUCAAGGUGGAACAUCUACUCCUGGGCCGAUGACGACAGCAGUUCCCAAUGCUUUGUCUGGGAUUCGCUUGGUUGGCAGCUCAAAGAAUUAUGCUGGCCGAGUAGAGUUGCGUUAUAAUGGUGUCUGGGGUACCGUGUGUGACGAUCAAUGGGGUUUAGAGGAUGCAACGGUUGUUUGCAGGAUGUUAGGAUUUACAGGCGCACUGAGAGCACACAAUGGCGGAACAUUUGGUAGAGGUAUCGGGAAAAUUUGGCUAGACAAUGUUCGAUGUACCGGGGAUGAGGAGAGUAUUAGCCAGUGUACGCAUCGCGGCUGGUCUCUUCACAACUGCGGACAUAGUGAAGAUGCAGGAGUUACUUGUGCUUCUCAUGAGAUAAGUUCUUGUGAUUUUGAAAGCGAUUUCUGUGGAUACGAAGACUCUUUUAGCGAACGAUUGCAUUGGGUGCGCAGAAAGGCUGUUAAACCCGAGAAAGAUCACACCCGUGGAUCAAAUGGAGAAUUUGCCUGCCAAAACAAUAGGUUAAGCUAUCAAACAAACUGUUAUCUGUUUGUGAACAAAGCGGGAAGGAUUAGCUGGCAUAACGCGAAGAAAAGGUGCAAUGUAGAAGACGCUUCGCUUGUUGACAUCCGAGAUAUGAAUGAAUGGCAGUUUGUCAAGAGCCACAGACAGUCUAACGUUGAGCAAUAUUAUGUCGGUAUACACGAGGUGAACCAAAGUAAAGUGUGGAGAUUCCUAGAUGGAACGAUAAUGAAUCUUACCAAUAUAUGGGCACCAGGUGAACCAAAUGAUUGGAAUGGUAACAGAGAAGACUGCGGAGCAAUGGACUUCAGAUUUUCAGACGGAAAAUACAACGAUGUUCCAUGCAAUGGUGCGGGAACAAUUGAUUCAUACAUAUGUAAAAACAAGCCAUCAAGGAUCCUAGGUCAUUUCUUGAACGUCAACUUCUCAGAUCCAAGAACAGGUUAUCGAGCGCGUCUGGUUGGUCCUGUUGUAUCAAAUUUGUCCUGCUUAACAUUUUUUUACAAUAGUUUUGGUACAUCGCUUGAUUCGUUGAGUGUUAUACUCAAGUUAUCUUCGGCAGAAGAGAUCAUCGUAUGGCAGUUAGAUGGCAACAUUGGGAAGCAAUGGAACAAGGGCCAACUACCCCUACAUACUAUGGCCGAUAUGAAAUUUAAGCUAAUCUUUCAAGCCACUAACGGAGGAUCUGGCCAAAUAGCUAUUGAUGACAUCAAUGUGACAAUAAGCAGUUCACGAGAGUCUUGUGGCUUCAUUCCACAGAAUGCAGUUCCUCGUGAUUGGCGAACAAAAGGCAGCUGUAACUUUGACAACGAUACGUGUGGAUAUACAAACGAUGAAUCAGGAAAUGAUGACUUGCAGUGGAUCAGGGACAAAGCUCGUGCUUAUGCAUCGAAUAACAAACCUUUCAGAGACCAUACCACUCAUUCAGGUUCGUUCAUGUACAUUCAACAUCCCAUCGGUCAAAUGAUCGGGCACUCUGCUCGUCUAGUCAGUCCAUCCUUGUCCCCAAACCUAGCCAAGUGCAUGGUAUUUUACUGGUAUACAAGGCAUCAGUUUACUUCCAAUAUUGAGUUAACAGUCUAUGUCCGUCCUGCUAAGCCGCAGGUAUCAUAUUUUGACGAGAAUCCUGUGUGGAGAAUGAAAAAUGAUGGCUCUCAAGUUUUUGGCUAUUGGAAAAAAGCUGUCGUACCUCUUGUUGAAUAUUCCAAUUUUCAGGUGAUAUUUGAAGGUGUCUUCCUCGAAACAAGUGACAUUGUAGCGAUUGACGAUGUGACUAUAUCAAACAAGAAAUGUACCAUUUUACCGUCUGAUGCUCGUCCAACGAUAGAUAAAACAUCUAAUUCAGGAAUCCGGCUAAAAGGAUCAUUGUCAGAAGGCGUAGGGAGAGUAGAGAUAUACCAUCUUGGACGCUGGGGGACUGUGUGUGGUGAUACUUGGACUCUAAGUAACGCACACGUUGUUUGUCGCCAACUUGGGUUCGAUGGAGCACGAACUCCACUUUGUUGUGGAUUAUUUGGUAAAGGGUCAGGAAGAGUUUGGUUGAGUGGUGUACGUUGUGAAGGCAGUGAAUCUUCCCUCGCACUUUGUCCCAAUCCUGGAUGGGGUAACAAUCAUUGUGGACACGAAAACGACGCUGGAGUAGUGUGCAAAACGUCUAAGGCAUUGGAAAAGGAAAUAGAAGUACGUUUGAAUGGAUCGUCCAGUUCCUAUGAAGGUCGCGUAGAAGUGAAAUAUGCUGGUAUCUGGGGAACCAUAGACGACAGCGGCUGGGAUAUCUUUGAUGCAACUGUCGUUUGCCGUCAAUUAGGAUUUGCAGGAGCCGUUAGCGCCUUCACCGGAGGUAGAUUUGGUCGUGGGAAAGGACCAGUUUGGUUUUCUGAAGCUCACUGUAACGGCGAUGAAAACAAAAUCUCAGGGUGCAUCGAAUUUAACAACACAAAAUCUUCUAUUUCAAACCACAAUGCAGGGGUAGCAUGUUUUAGUGCUCGCCUUGCAGAUGGUAAAACGCCACAUGAAGGCCGAGUAGAGAUUCAGUACAACGGCAAAUGGUCAACAGUCUGCGGCAAAAACUGGAAUAUCAAUUCUGCAAACGUUAUUUGUCGCGACCUUGGUUACGAAGGGGCAAUUUCUACGUCAGUUGUUGGUAAAGGAAGUGGACAAGUCUUACUUGAAGAUGUAAAGUGUAUAGGAGACGAAGUAUCCAUCAUGCUUUGCUCCCACAAAGGACUACAUUACCACAGUUGUGAUCAUUCACAAGAUGUAGGCGUAGUAUGUUCUAAUGAGAAGAAGAAAAAUCUAUGCAAUAAUAAUCCGUGUAAGAAUAGUGGUAAAUGCAGCACUACCAAACAUGGAUUCACAUGUCAAUGUUCUGGCCAAUACGUUGGUAAAACCUGUGAAACAGCCAUCGGUCCUGACGUUAUAGGCAUCUUUCUCAAAGGAGAUAUCGAAAAAUGGAAGCCUCAAGAGUUCAAGAGUUCACUUGCCAAUUUACUAAAUAAAUACUGCAAUAAUUGCAGCAAAAUGUCCAUCAGAUCCAAACGUGAAAGCAAGACUACCAAAUUCACAGCUGAGAACAUUAUUAUCGUCAAAACCAGCCGUUUUCCACCGGAGAUUCUCUACCUUGAAAUCGCUGUCGUAAUGACGACCAACGGCAAAAAUACUGUCGUUGAUGGACACAAGUUGCGUAAUGCCAUUACUGGGGCCGGUAAGGGUAUUACGGGAUAUUCUGUCAUAGACAUCCAAGGCAAAAAAGAUAAACAAAGUUUGAAUGGUACCAUUAGUCCGCCAAAACAAGCCUCUCAGACUAGCGGUAACGAUAGGUCCAUUGCACUGAAAAUAGGGAUUGCAGUGAUUUUGACCUUAGUUCUAUCUGUUCUGGGCACGCUAGUGGUCGUGUAUCUCAUAAGAAGGAAGAAGAAGUUUCCUACAAUCAACACAUACAAUCGGAACCCUUCCAGUCGAGAUAACGAGAUGCUGAUCAAUGAAGAUGACAACCCAUUCUUGUAAUUGAAUCGAUCUUAUUGGUUAAAGCAUUACGUCAUUCAAUCAGUCGAAACUUGGAAGCCCCCGUCAGGGCAGGGAAUAUAACAUUGACGUAUUGUUAACUUUACCAAUUAUUGGGGGAAACGUAAUGCCAUUAACUUUUGUCCGGUUUAUAAAAUAAAAAUGCUUCUAAUUUUGACCUAUUUUCGUUCUAAAAAUGAAUCUAUUUUUAAUGAACUCUAACCCUAAUCCAGUCCUUAAAAUCAAGCAAUGCUGGCUUCUAAUACAGAAGUGCCGCUUAUCAUAUAUAUAUGCUCAUUAAAACAUUGAUGUUCAUUUCCCGCCUUGUUCUGGAGGUCAGGGGUUCCAAUAUAGGGCAUUGCAAAGAAUAAUUUUACUUAAAUAAGUCAUUUUAGUUUUGUAAGAGAUUUUAUUUCGUGCGCCUUUAAUGUGUACCUUUAACAUACUAUACUACAUGCUAUACUCAGGGUUUAGUAAUGAAUUAAUACCUUAUGAUACGCUGCCUGACUCAAGUGUAGUCUUGUAAUCCUCCAGUCUGUAUGAAAAAUGUCGUUGAAAUAUCUGUGGGCUGUAAUAAAAAAUGAAGAAAGUAAAAAUAAAACAUCUUGGUAUAUAUCAAAUAAGCAAGAAUUCAAUUCACUUACCUGUCUAGAUGAUUUAACGACUGUUGCAAUUCUCUCAUUUGUCUUGCAUGCACUUUUUUGCAAAAAAAUUCUAGUAUUUGGUAUGUGAGACCAGGUUUGACCAAGAGCUGGCUUUACUUUUCUCGUAGUCAAUGCGUCAGUUACAACGUUGUUAGUUACCUAGUAGGAAUAAAUUAACAAUAUUAAACAUGACCCAUACAGCACUGUCACUAGGUGUACUGAUCAUGACCCCAUCACCCAUACAACACACUGUCACUAGGUGUAUUGACAAUGACCCCAUCACCCAUACAACAAACUGUGACUAGGUGUACUGAUCAAGAACCCAUCACCCAUACAACACACUGUCACUAGGUGUACUGAUCAAGAACCCAUCACCCAUACAACAUACUGUGGCUAGGUGUACUGACAAUGASCCCAUCACCCAUACAACACACUGUGACUAGGUGUACUGAUCAUGACCCCAUCACCCAUACAACACACUGUGACUAGGUGUACUGAUCAUGACCCCAUCACCCAUACAACAUGCUGGCACUAGGUGUACUGAUCAUGACCCCAUUACCCACACAACACACUGUGACUAGGAGUACUGACCAUGACUGAUAGUCCAUGCUCUAGAGCUAACGACUUUAGAUCCCUAGACAGAUGAACCAUAAAUGAAUGUCCUAUAAAAGUUAAUAUUUUGUAGUAAAUUGUAAAGAAGUUCAGUAAACUAUUCAUUUCAGUUAA